UUAUUUUUGCUCCUUAUUUUUUCAAAGAAAAUUUUUUUUUCCACUUUUCAGAUUCUAGAAAUCUCUAGAAAAUGGGCCUUGAUUCCUCCCCCGACCCCUCAACCAGUGCAGAACAAUUGGUCGCUUCUCCAGUUGCUACAGCAGUCGUGGCUGAUGCACAAGUUGCUACUGCUGCCACUGAUGUACUUAGGCAAAUGAUAGCAAUGGAGAAACAACAACAACGAAAACGCCCUUCUGUUUCAUGUGAUUCUGCUGAUGGGCACAGACGAAACAUCAAAAAUGAGGGAGAGAAUGGGAACUCUCAUUGGACGUCUUCAUUAUCAAGAAUUCUGCGCAGUACGAAUACAAAUGAUGAAGAAGAAAGACGAAUAAAUGAACAAGAAGCAUCAACUGUCGCAAAUAGCAACAAUAACACCAAUUGCAAUCCUCCCAAUCUCGAAUUAAUUAGCGAUGCUGAAUUGGCAAUGCUCUGUGUGUUCCAUGUGCCUGAUAAAGCUUUACAUUUACAAGACCCGAAUAAUCGAGCUUUUACGUCUCUUCCGCUUAAUUUAACUUUGAAACCUUCAAAUGUAGCAGUGGCUAAAGAGAGAAAUGAGCUCGGUGUAUUUUCAACAGAUUUUAUUCCUCGUUUCGCCCGUUUUGGCCCAUUAUGUGGUGAUUGUCGAAUGCCUUUAGUUAAUAAUAAAGAAGAAAAUGCUAGUACAGUAUCGUUGCCAUUAAAAGAAGCUAAAGCAUUUUGUUUAAAAAGCGUGGGAGAAGAGAAGGAAAGAAGAAAGAAAGAAAAAUUUAAAACAAAUAGUUUUGAUGAAUCAACAACAACAAAUGUUUUUAAAAAUGUUUUGGAAAAUGUUGGGCAUUUUAAACAGCAACAAAAACAACAAUAUACAAUUAAAACAUCAACAAACAAUGAAGCAAACAUAAAUUCUGCUUUUAAUUUAAAUCAGAAUUUAAUUAAACCAUCAACAAACAAUGAAGCAAACAUCAAUUUAAAUCAGAAUUUAAUAAAAACAUCAACAAACAACGAAACGAACAUUUAUUCUGAUUUUAAUUUAAGACAGAAUUUAAAUCAGAAUAUAAUUAAAACAUCGACAAACACCAAUAUAAACAUUAAUUCUGAUUUUAAUCUAAAUCAGAAAAACGAAGAAAGAGAAAAAGAUGAAAUGAACAACAACAACAUUAAAACAAAGAGAAGCAGUGUUUGGAAGGUAAAGAAAUGUUUUUAA